GCCAAGUAGAAGAUUAGUAAGUUCAUUAGAUAAGAAAGGUUUAUGAAUCCAGACGAAAGUCUAGCUCGUGUGUGCCAAAGGCUGUUUAAUGUGUGACUGCGUUUACAGUACGCAUGAUGCUGGGUGGAUAAACAACCCCGCUGACCUGCAUGGAACUAACUAACCCUUAGAGCGCAGUCUGUCAGCAGAAAAAGCCAGCUGGAUGAGUGUCCAAAGGUGACAAUGAGAAGAAUCCGGCGACGCGCGCUGUUUCGGGUGUGAAGAAUCCUCGCAGGAGUCACUGGAGACCUGAAGCGAGUCAUCAGCGCGUGCAGAAGUGCCAACUCAUGAUCGGCGACGCGAGGCCGACAGGUGAUGAGACUGAGAGCUCCGCGCAUCUCCAUCCGAGCUGAGCGCACGCGAUCAUGGGGCGCUACAGCGGCAAGACGUGCCGCCUGAUCCUGAUGCUGGUCAUCACCGUCAUCUUCUUCGUGGCGGAGAUCGUGGCGGGGUACAUGGGCAACUCCAUCGCGCUGGUGUCGGACUCCUUCAACAUGCUGUCGGACAUUCUCUCGCUGUGCGUCGGGCUGACGGCGGCGCGGGUGUCGCGUCGCGCGGGCUCGGGGCGCUUCACGUACGGCAUGGGCCGCGCGGAGGUGGUGGGCGCGCUGGCUAACGCCGCGUUCCUCGCCGCGCUCUGCUUCUCCGUGUCCAUGGAGUCGCUGAAGAGGCUCGCCGUGCCGCAGGCCAUCGAUGACCCGCCGCUGGUGCUGAUCGUGGGCUCGCUGGGGCUCGCGGUGAACGUGCUCGGGCUGCUGAUCUUCCAGGACUGCAGCUGCCUGCGCGCGACGCGACGGAACGACGCUCCUGUGCCGCGCGACGCGGAGGAGGAAGAAACAGCGUGACGGAUGUGUGAGCCUCAGGCAGAGCUGGCGCUUUGUGUUUGUCCUGGAUCUUCAGAAGUG